AUGGCUCCAGGGCGGUCUGCAUUAAAUAAAAUCGGGCUUUGCGUCCCUCGCUCAACGUCUUUCCUCAACCCGCGACCGACCAGGAAAGGCUUGUCCACCUGCCCAUCUUGUUCGUCUUUUGCACACACGCGCUUCCUGCCGUCACUCGCUCAUAGGCCGAUCCAUAUUGCCACUGGUUCUUCCUCAUCGGCGGCGUCAGCGACCACUCGAGGAAAGGCUUUUCGACAUCCAAGUCUGAUAAAGGGAACUGCCUGGAGUCCGUAUUCUACAGUUGUCGUGCACAACAAAGGACAAGCGCGCGUCCGGCGGACCAUCAGCUUCCUCCUCAUCAGCACCGUCUCCUUCGCGGUCGGGACUUAUUUUGCUGUCACCUACGCCUCCCCCCUCCCCACGGCCCUAAUCAUGGGUUCCAUGCCCUCGGACGUCGAAACCCUCUCCCUCUACACCCCCGACAAUGACUUUGCGCGCGAAGUCGACGAUCACAUCAAGAACUGUGCCCUAGCGCAAUCCUUGCGGGCUAAUCCAGAUUUUGUCGAGUCGAGACCCCAUCUCAAGAUUCCCGAAGAGAUGAGACAACACAACCUGACCGCGGGGACGUUGUCGGGGCCAGGAAUGAUUGCGGUGCCGCCAUACUACUUCAACGAGAAGGGCGGGAAGUCCAUGGUUCAGAUCUUCUACGUCGGAACUGAUGUUUCAGGGCAUCCGGGGAUCGUGCACGGAGGGUUUUUGGCCACCAUGUUGGACGAGGGACUUGCGCGGUGUGCAUUCCCCGCCAUGCCGAAUAAGGUCGGGGUGACGGCCAAUUUGAACAUCAACUAUCUCAAGCCGACUAUGGCGGGACAAUUCCUGGUGUUGAGAGCCACGACCACAAGAGUCGAAGGCCGGAAAGCGUGGGCGGAAGGAUGGAUUGAGAGUCUAGAAGUGGCCGAGGGAGAGGAACCGGUCAAGUUGGUCGAGGCUACGGCGUUGUUUGUUGAACCCAAGCAUGCAAAGGUACGUUCGUCUUGA